AAAAUUUUGGAUUACGCGGGUCGGGAGGUUUGACUGCGCGGAGCCACCGUGGGUGGGAGCCUCAGGUGAAAUGUCAAGAUGGCGGCGCUGAGGAGCGGGCUCGGAACAUUGAGGCUCCUCCUUCCUAUAGCCCAGAAUAAUGUUUCAGGAAGCUCCUCCGUUAUGCAGCUGGUCUCCAGGUUUACCACCUUCAACCUUUGCCAUGUUUCAUCUCCGACCAUUUCUACAGUAACCAAAUUGGGAUCAUCUAUGGAGUAUAGAUUUACUUGUGCACAUAAACUUGCUGCUCUCAAAAGUAUGACUCCUCAGGCUCCCAGUUUUCAACAGCCUGCAAGAACCCUAACCUAUUGUAGCAUUCGCAAAGGGAAGCGUAAGACAGUAAAAGCCGUUGUCAAGCGAUUCCUGCGGCUGCACUGUGGACUCUGGGUGCGAAGGAAGGCGGGUUAUAAGAAAAAGCUUUGGAAAAAGAGAUCUGAUAGAAAAAGGCGACUCAGACAACAUGUCUUCUGCAACAAAACCCAAAGCAAAAUGCUGGAUAAAAUGACCACGAAGUUCUGGAAAAGGCGGAACUGGUAUGUGAAUGAUCCAUACCAGAUGUACCAUGAUCGAACAAACCUGAAGGUUUGAGUAUCUAUGACAGUUCUGGCAAAAUCUGCAGUUCAUUGCUUUGAUCCAGGAACAGAAUUAACAGCUUUUGCACCAGGCAUACUUGGUUGGAGCUUGAUGGUGACCAACUUUAUAACCAUUGACAUUGUGAAUAUUGAACAACUGGCAAAGAUGGUCCUUUUGCCUGUACUAUUUCUUACAUGCAUGUCUGUGUUUAAUAUAACUUAAUAAAAUUUCCCAACAAUGUAA